AGACCUUGUCGCCGCCUCCUUGAGGUCCGAUGUUCGGUUACGUGAACGCCACGCCGAACAAAAGCGAAUUGGAUCUGGCAGUGCCCUCGGUCCAGCUCCACCUCCAACGGUGUCGGAACAUCUGGCAGCAGACCAGGGCGGCUCUCCUUCGCACUAAGGAGAGCAACUGCCAGAUAGCCAACCGCCACAGGGGGGUGAGUCCCAGUUACCAGCCUGGCCAAAAGGUUUGGUUAUCUGCCCAAAACAUUCCUCUCCAAGCCUCAUCCCGUAAAUUGGCCCCCAAAUUCAUCGGGCCCUACACCAUUGACCGGGUCGUCAAUCCCGCUUGUGUCAGGCUGCGUCUCCCGGCAGCCCUUAAGGUGCAUCCCACGUUCCACGUUUCUCAGGUCAAGCCAGUCACUGAGAGUCCGCUUUGCCCGCCGUCCACUUCCCCGCCACCCGCCCGUACCAUCGACGGCGCCCCCGCCUUUACGGUCAGCAAGAUCCUGGAUGUUCGGCGCCGUGGGCGGGGUGUGCAGUUUCUGGUGGAUUGGGAGGGGUAUGGUCCGGAAGAACGUUCUUGGAUUUCCCGUUCCCUGAUUCUGGACCAUACCCUCAUUGACGACUUCUACCGGGCCCAUCCGGAUCGUCGUCUUGGACCGCCAGGUGGCGGUCGUUGAGGGGGGGGUACUGUCAUGGUGGCCUGUCAGUUACUCUCCC